GAGAUGUCAGCUGGUUCCUUCCUGCUUUCUGUUGGCUGAUGGUUAAGAGCCAUGAGCAGAGACGCUGGCAUGGAGAUUUUUGGUGAGGCCGCGCCGUACCUGCGCAAAUCCGAGAAGGAGAGAAUAGAAGCCCAGAACCAACCUUUUGAUGCCAAAACCUACUGCUUUGUGGCUGACCCCGAGGUGGAGUACACCAGGGGGAGGAUCAAGGCUGCACAGGAUGGGAAGAUAACUGUUGAGACAGAGGAUGGCAGAACAGUUGCUGUCAAACCUGAUGAUGUGUAUGCCAUGAACCCACCCAAGUUUGACAGAGUUGAGGACGUGGCCAUGCUGACCCACCUGCACGAACCUGCCGUCCUCUACAACCUCAAGGACCGCUACAGCUCCUGGAUGAUCUAUACCUACUCGGGUCUCUUCUGCGUCACCGUCAACCCCUACAAGUGGCUGCCGGUGUACAACCCCGAGGUGGUGUUGGCCUACCGAGGCAAGAAGCGCCAGGAGGCCCCUCCACACAUCUUCUCCAUCUCUGACAACGCCUAUCAGUUCAUGCUGACUGAUCGUGAAAACCAGUCUAUCCUGAUCACUGGGGAGUCGGGGGCCGGCAAGACGGUGAACACCAAGCGCGUCAUCCAGUACUACGCCACCAUCGCCGCCAGCGGGGACACGGCCUCCAAGAAGGAGCCCCUGAUGAAGGGUUCGCUCAAGGAUCAAAUCCUCAGUGCCAACCCACUGCUGGAGGCCUUUGGGAAUGCCAAGACCGUGAGAAACGACAACUCCUCACGCUUUGGUAAAUUCAUCCGUAUCCAUUUUGGAACCUCUGGAAAGCUGGCCUCUGGUGACAUUGAGACCUACUUGCUGGAAAAGUCAAGAGUCACUUUCCAGCUGAAAGCUGAGAGAAGCUACCAUAUCUUCUACCAGAUCCUCUCCAAUAAGAAGCCUGAACUGCUUGAGAUGCUCCUUGUCACAGCCAACCCCUAUGAUUACCCCUUCAUCAGCCAAGGGCAGAUCUCUGUGGCCAGUAUUGAUGACCAGGAGGAGCUUCUUGCCACAGAUGCAGCCAUUGACACUUUGGGCUUCAGCCCUGAUGAGAGGAUGGGGAUUUACAAGCUGACAGGGGCCAUCCUGCACUAUGGGAACAUGAAAUUCAAGCAGAAACCACGUGAAGAGCAGGCAGAGCCUGAUGGCACAGAAGAGGCUGACAAAGCAGCAUAUCUGAUGGGCCUGAACUCUGCAGACUUGCUGAAAGCUCUGUGCUAUCCCCGGGUGAAAGUGGGAAAUGAAUAUGUGCUGAAGGGCCAGACAGUGGAUCAGGUGCACCAGGCAGUGAAUGCCCUUGCCAAGUCUGUCUAUGAGAAACUCUUCCUGUGGAUGGUUGUUCGCAUCAACCAGCAGCUGGACACGAAGCUGCCAAGACAGCACUUCAUUGGGGUCUUGGACAUUGCUGGCUUUGAGAUCUUUGAGUUCAACAGCUUUGAGCAGCUGUGCAUCAACUUCACCAAUGAGAAACUGCAGCAGUUCUUCAACCACCACAUGUUCGUGCUGGAGCAGGAGGAGUACAAGAAGGAGGGGAUUGAAUGGACAUUCAUUGACUUUGGCAUGGACCUGGCUGACUGCAUUGAGCUCAUAGAAAAGCCCAUGGGCAUUUUCUCCAUCCUGGAAGAGGAGUGCAUGUUCCCCAAGGCAACUGACACCUCUUUCAAGAACAAGCUCUAUGACCAGCACCUGGGCAAGUCCAGCAGCUUCCAGAAGCCCAAGCCAGGCAAAGGCAAGGCUGAGGCCCACUUCUCCCUGGUGCACUAUGCUGGCACAGUGGACUACAACAUCACUGGGUGGCUGGAGAAGAACAAGGACCCUCUGAAUGAAACUGUCGUGGGGUUGUACCAGAAAUCGUCUAUGAAAAUUUUAUGCCAUCUUUAUGCCAGUUUUGCUUCCAUAGAUGAAGCUGAAGGUGGUGGGAAGAAGAAAGGAGCCAAGAAGAAGGGCUCUUCCUUCCAAACUGUCUCUGUACUCUUUCGGGAAAAUCUGAAUAAGCUGAUGUCUAACUUACGAACAACUCACCCUCACUUUGUGCGUUGCAUCAUUCCCAAUGAAACAAAGACCCCAGAAUUCCUAAAACAUAGACUAGAAAGAGGCAGAAGGAGCAAUGCUAGAACAAUCAGUGUGUCCCCAUGCUGCUCUGUCACAGGCCUGAUGGAUCACAAGCUUGUUCUGCACCAGCUGCGAUGCAAUGGUGUUCUGGAGGGCAUUAGGAUCUGCAGGAAAGGAUUUCCUAACAAGAUACCAUAUGGGGAUUUCAAACAAAGAUACCACCUUCUGAAUGCCAGUGUCAUUCCAGAAGGAAAGUUUGUUGAUAGCAGGAAAGUGUGUGAAAAGCUGCUGUCCUCCAUUGAGAUAGAUCAUACUCAGUACAAAUUCGGACACACUAAGGUGUUCUUCAAGACAGGUUUGCUGGGCCUGGAAGAGAUGAGAGAUGAACGUUUAGGACAGAUGAUCACACGGACCCAGGCUUUGUGCAGGGGAUACCUCCGGAGACUUGAGCUGAAAAAAAUGUUUGACCACAGGGAGUCCAUCCUCUGCAUCCAGUACAACAUCCGUGCAUUCAUGAAAGUCAAGCAGUGGCCCUGGAUGAAGCUGUACUUCAAGUUUAAACCCCUCUUAAAAAGUGUGGGAACUGAGAAAGAGCUGGCCAUGAUGAAGGAAGAGUUUGAGAGAACAAAAGAAGAACUGGCCAAAUCAGAAGCCACCAGGAGCAAACUGGAAGAAAAAAUGGUGGCUCUGGUGCAAGAGAAAAAGGACCUACAGCUGCAAGUACAAACUGAAAAUGAAAAUUUGGCUGAUGCUGAAGAAAGAUGCGACCAGCUGAUCAAACUAAAAUUCCAGCUGGAAGCAAGAAUAAAGGAGGUAAUGGAAAAGCUGGGAGAUGAUGAGGAGAUGAAUGCUGAUCUGGCAGCCAGAAAGAGGAAACUGGAGGAUGAAUGCUCUGAGCUGAAGAAAGAUAUGGAUGACCUUGAGUUAACAUUGGUCAAGGCUGAAAAGGAAAAGCAUGCCACUGAAAACAAGGUCAAAAAUCUGACUGAAGUAGUGACAGGUUUGGAUGAGACUGUUGCAAAGUUAGUCAAGGAGAAGAAGGCCCUGCAAGAAGCCCAGCAACAGGCACUGGACGACCUGCAAAUAGAGGAGGAGAAAGUUAAUACCCUCACCAAAGCUAGGAUCAAGCUGGAGCAGCAAGUGAACCAUGUUGAAGGAUCUUUGGAACUCGAAAGAAAAGCAUGUAUGGACCUUGAACGAGCAAAGAGAAAGCUUGAGGGAGACUUGAAACUUGCACAGGAAACCAUAGUAGAUCUGGAGAAUGAUAAACAACAUUUAGAUGAAAGAUUAAGGAAGAAAGACUUUCAUUUUAACCAGAUGCAAAAUAAAAUUGCGGAACAGCAAAAUUCAGGUACUCACUUGCAGAAGAAGAUCAGAGAAUUGCAGGCUCGUGCUGCAGAGCUGGAAGAGGAGACCAUGAGCGAGAAAGCAACACGGACAAAAGCAGAGAAGCGUUGUGCUGAGCUGGCUCGGGAGCUUGAGGAAACCCGUGGGAGCCUUGAAGAGGCUGGAGGAGCCACCACCGCUCAAACAGAGCUCAGCAAGAAGCGUGAGGCAGAGUUCCAGAAGAUGCGCCGUGACCUGGAAGAGGCCACGCUGCAGCACGAAGCCACGGCUGCCGCCCUGCGCAAGAAGCACGCGGACAGCACAGCUGAGCUGGGCGAGCAGAUCGACAACCUGCAACGCGUGAAGCAGAAGCUGGAGAAGGAGAAGAGUGAGAUGAAAAUGGAGAUUGAUGACUUGGCCAGCAACAUAGAAUCUGUCUCCAAAGCAAAGGCAAAUCUGGAGAAGAUGUGUCGCACUCUGGAAGACCAGCUGAGCGAAUAUAAAACAAAGGAGGAGCAGAAUCAGCGCAUGAUUAGCGAUCUUAGUGCUCAAAGAGCUCGUCUGCAGACAGAAUCUGGUGAAUAUGGACGCCAGGUGGAAGAAAAAGAUGCUUUAAUUUCUCAGCUGUCUAGAGGGAAACAGGCCUUCACCCAGCAGAUUGAAGAACUGAAGCGGCAGCUAGAGGAAGAGAUAAAGGCCAAGAAUGCCCUGGUCCACGCCCUGCAGUCCGCUCGCCACGACUGUGACUUGCUCCGGGAACAAUAUGAGGAGGAGCAGGAGGCCAAGGGGGAGCUGCAGCGAGCCCUGUCCAAGGCCAACAGUGAAGUGGCCCAGUGGAGAACCAAAUAUGAGACGGACGCGAUUCAGCGCACGGAGGAGCUCGAGGAGGCCAAGAAAAAGCUCUCUCAGCGUCUCCAGGAAGCAGGGCAGCAGGCAGACACACUGAAUUCCAAGUGUGCCUCCUUGGAGAAGAUGAAGUUUAAGCUGCAGGGGGAAGUGGAAGAUCUGACACUGGACAUAGAGAGAGCAAACACAUCAGCAGCUGCCCUUGACAGAAAACAGCAGAAUUUUGAUAAGGUCAUGGCAGAAUGGAAGGGGAAGUAUGAGGAGAGCCAGCUGGAGCGGGAAGCUGUCUCUAAAGAAGCUGGCUCACUGCACACAGAGCUUUUCAAAGUGAAAAAUGCCUAUGAGGAAACCUUGGAUCAGCUCGAGACAAUCAAGCGGGAGAACGCCGCUCACCAGCAGGAAGCAGCUGAUCUCACAGAGCAAAUUACUGCAAAUGGCAAAAUGAUCAGAGACCUUGAGAAAGCCAAAAAGCAAGCUGAAAUAGAAAAAAAUGGUCUGCAAACAGCUCUGGAGGAGGCAGAGGCAGCUCUUGAGCAUGAAGAAGUCAAAAUCCUUGGUGUCAACCAAGAACUGACUCAAAUAAAGUCAGAAAUCAGCAGAAAGAUUGCUGACAAGGAUGAGGAGAUCAACCAGCUGAAAAAGAACCAAGAAAGGACUGUGGAGACAAUGCAGAGUGUUUUGGAUGCUGAGAUCAGGAGCAGGAAUGAAGCCCUGAGGCUGAAGAAGAAGAUGGAGGGAGACCUGAAUGAAAUGGAGAUCCAGCUGAGCCAUGCCAACCACCAGGCUGCAGAGGCACAGAAACACCUGCACAGCAUCCAGGGAGCUCUCAAGGACACCCAGAUCCAUCUGGAUGAUGCUGUGAGAGCACAGGAUGACCUGAAGGAGCAGGUGGCCAUGGUGGAGCGCAGAGCAAACCUGCUGCAGGCUGAAGUUGAGGAGCUCCGGGCAGCCCUGGAGCAGACGGAGCGGUCGAGGAAAUUGGCUGAGCAGGAGCUUCUGGAUGCCACUGAACGUGCACAGCUCCUCCACUCCCAGAACACCAGCCUUUUUAAUACAAAGAAGAAGCUUGAGACCGAUAUGGCACAACUCCAAACAGAGAUAGAGGAUGUUAAUAAUGAAGCAAAAAGUGCUGAAGAAAGAGCUAAGAAGGCAAUGACAGAUGCAGCCAGGAUGGCAGAAGAGCUGAAGAAGGAGCAGGACACCAGUGCCCACCUGGAGAGGAUGAAGAAGAACCUGGACCAGACAGUGAAGGACCUGCAGCACCAUCUGGAAGAGGCCGAGCAGCUGGCACUGAAGGGAGGGAAGAAGCAGAUCCAGAAGCUGGAGGCCAGGAUCCGAGAAUUAGAAGCUGAACUGGAGGAAGAACAUAAAAAAUCCUCAGAGGCUAUGAAAAACAUCUGCAAAUAUGAACGGCGUUUCAAAGAGCUCACUUUUCAGUGUGAAGAACAAAAGAAGAACAUGGUUAGGUUACAAGAUCUGGUAGCUCAACUGCAGAUGAAAAUCAAAUCCUACAGAAAACAAGCUGAGGAAGCUGGUGAACAAGCCAAUACUGAUCUCUCCAAACUGAGAAAUGCACUGCAUAAGAUAGGUGAGGCCCUGGAAAGGGCAGAUAUUGCUGAGAGCCAAGUAAAUAAACUGAGAGCUAAGGCCAGAGAAGGCUCUGCUACAAAGGUGGUGUUAGGAACUGAAAAAUGAACUUCCUCUGGGAUAACUAGAAAUUCCACAAGGUACCUCUCCAGCUGUGGAAGUAAUUUUCCCUUUGUUUAAGAACACAAACAUUUUCUGUCACUGCUGCUGUACCAGUGUCAAUAAAAUAGAGAUCUGCAACUUCAAA